AUGGGAAACCCACCAGUAAUGAAUCGGUCCUUUAUUAAGGUUUUGGCAGCUUUAUUCACAUAUGCCAUGGAGACAAACAACUUCAGAAUUGUGGAUGCCAAGGAGCACAAUUCCAGAUCAUCCACCAGCAUGUCUCCAUCAGACUUUCUAGACUCACUCAUGGGUCGCACGUCCUUGUAUGAUGCUCGAAUAAGACCCAAUUUUAAAGGUCCACCAGUGAAUGUUACCUGCAACAUAUUUAUCAACAGCUUUGGUUCUAUCGCGGAAACUACUAUGGAUUACAGAGUGAAUAUCUUCCUGCGGCAGAAGUGGAAUGACCCUCGACUGGCGUAUAGUAAAUACCCAGAUUCCUCCCUCGACCUGGACCCGUCCAUGUUGGACUCCAUAUGGAAGCCCGACCUCUUCUUCGCCAACGAGAAAGGGGCCAACUUCCAUGAUGUCACCACAGACAACAAGCUGCUGCGGAUCUUCAAGGACGGGACUGUCCUCUACAGUAUCAGGUUGACUCUCAUCCUGUCCUGCCCGAUGGAUCUGAAGAACUUUCCGAUGGACGUCCAAACUUGUACCAUGCAACUGGAAAGUUUCGGCUACACCAUGAAUGACUUGGUCUUCGAGUGGCUGGAGAACGGUGCGGUGCAGGUGUCAGACGGGCUCACGCUGCCUCAAUUCAUUAUGAAGGAAGAGAAGGAACUGGGAUACUGCACUAAAUACUACAACACUGGUAAAUUCACCUGUAUAGAAGUCAAAUUUCAUCUGGAGAGAGAGAUGGGGUACUACCUGAUCCAGAUGUACAUUCCUUCCCUCCUCAUUGUCAUCCUCUCGUGGGUGUCUUUUUGGAUCAAUAUGGACGCUGCUCCAGCCAGAGUGGCGCUGGGCAUCACCACUGUGCUAACCAUGACCACCCAAAGCUCUGGCUCCAGAGCUUCUCUUCCAAAGGUCUCUUACGUGAAAGCCAUUGAUAUCUGGAUGGCUGUGUGUCUGCUCUUUGUAUUUGCUGCAUUGCUGGAAUAUGCUGGGGUUAAUUUUGUCUCCAGGCAACAGAAAGAGCUCCUUCGCCUGAGGCGAAGACAAAGGAGGAAUCACAAGGAUGAUGAUAUGCGUGACGGCCGCUUUAAUUUAGCUGGCUACAAUAUAAGUCAGUGUCUGCCAACGAAGGAUGGCUCAGCGGUCAAGAACGCCGCUCCAGCUGCGAACCCUCAGCCAUCCGUCCCCAAGGACAUCGACGCCAUGAAGAAGAAGUUUGUGGACCGGGCGAAGAGGAUAGACACCAUCUCCAGGGCCGCCUUUCCUAUGGCAUUCCUCAUCUUUAAUAUCUUCUACUGGGUCACCUACAAGAUCAUCAGGCACGAGGACUAACAUUAAAGACUUAACCUUUGACAAACAUUUGUUUUUUUCAUUUCUCAGAUUGAGAAAUGCUUGGAAAGCACAGUGAGAUGAGACGGACCCAUGGUGAGGAUGAGGGCUGUGUUCUUUCAGGGAUAAUAUGUCAUGUUCAUGCAUCAUACAGUAAUGCUCAUGUUCGGAUAUUGAGAACAGUUGGAGACGCUGAUAAUUUGUGUUGCGGUUGUAAUAUUUCCUAACAAAUAUGGAAAAAUGUUUUUAACUCGAGGCUUUGUGACACGCUGGAGAAGACGGACCAAUUUUUUUCUUAAUCAAUUUUGCCUCGGCAUCUGUACAAGGAACAAAGAAACAUUCCGUGGAUUUGAAACCGUAAGGUAGACACUCUAACACUUUUUGUGAUUGCUUUCAAAAGAGUAUUUCUUGAGGAUGUUUAGGACUCUUUUGUGUUGUACUAUUGUCAUGGCACUUCCUCUCUGUUUAUACAAAAAUAAAGCAGCAUAACGUGCGGGCAGAAAGCUCACACACACACUGGUCAGACAUUCGGCAGCAGCACACAUUUCUGGCAUGAGCGUGAACAAAGCAGAUGAAAUUCUGGAAUCGGGACUUGGAUACUGAAUUUUUAUGAAAUACCUGAGGCCUUACGAAUCAAAGAUUUGGAGAGAUGAUGUGCCGUGCUUCUCUGUUUUUUCAAGCAUCUCCUCUUGUUCAGUGGUCUAUCAGAGCUGAAUGCAGCGUUUGAUUUUUUCUACCUUUCUCCAGAUGUCCACUUGUUAUUUGGUGUAUUAUAAAUCAUAUUCUUGGACAUGGGAUAUCACUUAAAAUCAAUGUAAGUUUAUUCUAAAGGUAAAAAACGUCACAAUUAUCCUUUCCAUUCUAAAAUGAUUUAAACAAACUGUCAUGUUUCACAGGCUAGGUCCUUAAAAAAACAACGUCCACAAACUGUGAACACGCAAGCCACAACUCCAUCUUGUCAUACGUCCAUAUCCACAUGAAUUAUUUCAUAUUCCAGGUGAAUAGGCAGGCAUCUUACGUAUAGUUUUAGAGUUUGAGCCGAUGUUUUUUGUAGAUUUAGUCUGAUUAAAUAUUUAUUGUAAUGGAGGAAAGUUUAUGUUUCUAAAAAAAAAAAUUCUGUAUUCUUCUUCAAUCUCUGCUGUGGCCAGUUUCCCUUCACGUUGUGUGUUUGUUGCUGGAUGACGACAUGUGUUUGUCGGUGGAUUCAACAGUGAAGGAACUGCAUAACAUUCAUGGUACAGAGCAGCUCGUCCUUGCACUCCACAAUGAACUCCUUUCUUUAAUGCUAUUCCUGAAAAUAAAUGCUUAU